UAUGAAAUAAAAGCAAAUGUUUAACACUCGUAGUGGCCUUUCUGCGUUAUAUACGGCUUGCUUAUGGUUUUUGUGAUAAUUUAUGAAUAGUGACAGAAAGCAAAGUCCGUUACAAAUAUGUCUUUUUCAUUUGGAACACCGUCAAGCGCUCCCGCUAAUUCCUCUUUAAGUGGUGGCUUCAAUUUUGGCGGAAAUAAGCCAGCGACUCCAAGUUUUGGGUUAACGGCUACAACACAGGCCUCGACUGGACUAUUUGGUAAUACAUCUGCAACUCCUGCGUUUGGUUCUACAUCUAGUUUUGGUACCUCAACGCCUGCGUUUGGGGCAACCGCUACUCCAGCAUUUGGUGCUACGUCUACAGCACCAGCUUUCGGAAGCACCGCAACACCGGCUUUCGGUACUAGUGCCGCUGCGCCGACGUUUGGAGCCACGGCGGCACCUGCGUUUGGUGCUGCAUCCGCAACUCCCGCGUUUGGGGCCACGUCCACAGCACCAACUUUUGGUGCCACCGCAACUCCUGCGUUUGGGGCUAGUACAUCCGCACCGGCAUUUGGAUCCACAACAACACCAGCAUUUGGUACGGGAGGAACAUCGGCAUUUGGUGCUACAACCACUCCGGCAUUUGGUACUACAGGUCUGGGCACUGGUGCCCUUGGUUUUGGUGCCGGCACAACAACCACAAGUGCUACAACUGGUUUGAACUUCGGUACCCCGGCAACAACAAAGACUGGACUGGGAGGUUUUGGUUUUGGCACUGCAACCACUCAAACUGGACUCGGUUUAUUUAAUACCAGUACCACAACAACCGCUGCUAGUACAUUUGGACUUAGUACACUCAAUAGUAAUGUGUCUGGAACACAACCAUCUGUAUCAGCAGCAACCCCAAGUCUGGGUCUGGGCGGAGCGGCAACAUCUGCUUUUGGUGCCACAAAUACUACAGGAGAUGGUAAAUCUGAACCACCGAAGCAAACAAAACUACCAAAUGAAUUGUCAACACUUGUGGAUACAUUUAAGGAGUUUGUUAAAAAACAGAAGUCGCUCAGUUCAGAAGUGAUGCGGUUAUCUAUCAAACCUUUACAUAAGGUAGGUCGCGAGGCAGAGACAACACUGCGCGCUGCGCUCGCACUGCGCGGUGAGACUAACAAGGCGCGUGCUCAGUCACGACGACUGCGCACUGCUGCUGCAGACGCCCUCGCUGCUGCUGAAGCAGCUGGUAGAGAUCCAACAGGUUCGGAGUUGGAAGGUAGCGCUCCACCAAAAUACAUAAAGGAUCUGAUCUGCGAGUUGGAGCAGCAGCUGAUCACCUUCAGACGGCAGAUGGAUGUCGCAGACAAGCAGAUGCAAGCAUCACCCAAACUUCUCACUGAACAAGAGUUAACCCUGGGUAUACGUCGUAUGCACGAGUCCCUGGUGGCGCUGGCGGGCCGCCUGCAGACUGUACACACACAGGUAGAGGCGCAGAAGGAGCAGUACCUCAACCUCAGGAAAUAUAUACUCAAAGAUCCUACUAAUGUAUUUGAUACACCCUCAGCGAGCGCAAGUCUAGAUCAGAUUUUGCAUGACGCUGAAGUAUCUCGGAAGAAACUGAAACCCAAUACUUUACAAGACAUUAGUCUAGGUCUAGGCAGCGCUGUGCUGUCUGAUCCUAGAGCUGCUUUAGGCAACAUUCAACAGUUGGCAGGUCCAACACCGUUUACAUAUUUAGGCACAGCUGUGUCACCUUUCCCUACUGCAGAUGGCACAGGCAACUGGCAACCCCAGCAACAGAAUAAUUUCAGUUCGUCACUGAAUUUCAACAGUUUUGGUACAGUGGCGCAGAAUGACUCCAGCUUCCAGCUGCAGAAACCUCCCGGCAAGCGCGGCAAGCAAUGAUACUGGCGCUAGGAGGUCAUACAGCCUUCAUACAUACAUACAUACAUACAUACAUGUAUUUACCUUAUAUAGACAUCUUGUAUGUAGAAAAGAGGGUAGGCAGAAAUUAUUAUUUGGCAUCUACUUUCAGAUAACUUUUCUUACGGUCUGUGGGUGUUUUAUUUUUUUAGUAUUCCAGAUUU